AUGUCGACGCCGUGGACGCGUGUGCCCGGCGGAAGUGGUGGUGCAACUUGCCAUUCACCAGGUAGAGGCUCGGACGACAACGCCACUCUUCAUGGCCCUGUUCGCACCUACGAUGCACCGCUCGCUGGCCACGGUGUCAGCUCAUCCACGUACUACGACCAUGUCGGCGACUAUCCAUCUGAAAAGGAGUACGACAACUACCCAGCCAACUAUGGCGGUUCAGGUCAAUGGGCCAACGACGGCGGUCCUGAUCUUUCCAACACCUAUCCACCAGUGCAGACCACUCCACCUCGACACUGUCAGCAGUACUCGCAGUCCACCGACGUGUCAAAGCGCCUUCACGAAGCCAUGGGCAAGAACAACUCUGCUCCCAAUGUCAAGCGACCUGGCGUCAAGCGCCAAGACAGUGACUCGUGGGAGCGUCUCUUAAAAGGUGCCGGCUACUCGAAUGACAGUGCCAACGCCAGCUUUGUCGGUCUCAAUGGACGCCAUGCUGAAGGUCCCAAGCUCGGCCAUCCCUCUGUUCGCCUCUUCCUCUACAUUCUUGUCCCAACUGCUCUCUUCUGGAUCCCCGGUAUUCUCGCUCUGCUCGUCUAUAAUGCCAGACCAGCGAAUCAGUUCAAGAAUCCCACCGUGCUUGACGUCGGCAUCUUUUGGUGGUCAGUCUGGCUGAGCUCCAUUUGGGUAGGCUGGUGGGUCUGCCGUGUUGGUGCCAUCAUGAUCCCACGCAUUCUUCGAUGGACUGUCGGCAACAUCCACCAAAAGAUGCGCCGCUAUACCGAGUUCCUCAUCGUCACCGAAAAGUUCGUCGCCUUCUUCCUAUGGACCAUCCUCCUCUUUGCGCUCUGGCUUGCAAUCGUCAUCGGCAACUUCCAGGGCGCCGACAAGGCUGCUAUCGAGCAGGCCUCUUUGACACCUACCAACUCCACCUCCUCCGCCGACUCUUCCUCCUCUGGAAGCACCACAGUUGUGACGCACAAGAGCGAGAACUCUUGGCCAACUACCAGCGACAUCAUGCUCUCCGGAUACCGUCUCUGGUUCGGUGUCUGCUUGAGCGCUGCCAUUCUGCUAGGUGAGAAGCUCUUCAUUCAGGGCAUUGCGUACAACUUCCACCGCGUCUCGUACGAGGACCGCAUUCAGACAUCCAAGUUCAACAUCAAGGUGCUCACCACGCUCUAUGAGAACUCCAAGAACUUCAAUCGCAAGGAUACCUACAUGGCUGCAGAGCACGAGGCCAAGCGCAAGUCGACUGGCCUUCACGUGACUCGCGCUCGUCUGCGCAAAACGGGUCAGAAGGUGCGAGAUGUGGCACUGCAGAGCACCAGUGUCCUUGGCACUGUCGCCAGCGAGAUCGCAGGCCAAGGUGUGCCUCAGCUUGGAAACCCUCGCUCUGUCGUCGUAUCGUCACUCAACUCUCGCAAGCAGACCCAGGCGCUGGCAAGAAGAAUUUGGUACAGCUUCUGCCCUCCCGGCAAGUCCGAGAUGGUCGUCGACGACAUCAUUCACUGCUUCCCCGACGCUAUCACUGCUGAGGUUGCUUUUGAGAUCUUUGACCGUGAUCUCAACGGCGAUGUCACCAAAGAAGAGCUAGAGACUGCUUGCAUCGACAUCCACCGCGAGCGACUGGCAUUGCAGCUCUCAAUGCGCGAUGUCGACUCGGCUGUUGGACGACUUGACUCAAUCUUCAUGAGCGUUUUCAUUCUUAUCGCCGCCAUCAUCAUUGCAGCCAUGUUGUCUGUUGCUUUCAGCACGCUCGUCACUUCCUUUGGUACGCUCAUCCUUGGUCUCUCUUGGCUCAUCGGUACCACGGCACAGGAGACGCUGGGCGCCAUCAUCUUCCUCUUCAUCAAGCAUCCUUACGAUGUCGGUGACCGUGUUGACAUUGGUGACGACCAGUACAUUGUCAAGGAGAUGCGACUGCUCACCACCGUCUUCAAGACCACCAAUGGUAAGAACGUCAUGGUCAGCCACAACCAGCUGGCUACUAAGCCCAUUGUCAACCUGCGUCGAUCAGGAGCCAUCGAGGAGACGUUCAAGUUCGAAGUGGCCUACAACACGUCGUUUGCGCAGAUCGAAGCAUUGCGAACCAAGAUGGUCCACUGGCUUGAGGGAGAGAAGCGUGACUUCUUGCCUGGUCUCGACAUCAAUGUGAUUGACUUCCAGGAUCAGGGUAGCCUGCUUUUGUCGGCUGGCAUCCGAUACAAGUCCAACUGGCAGCAAGGUGGCUUGAAGGCACAGCGACGAAACCGAUGGUUGUGCCAGCUCAAGGUGUUCUUGGCCGAAUGCAAGAUCUACGGUCCCAAAGGUGAUCCUAAUGUUCCUGCUUUGAGCCACGUCACUAUGGUUCCUUACCCACCUCCUGACUCGUCAGCUACAGCUACCCCUGCUGAGGUAGGAGUGCAGAACACGUUGGGAGCUGGUGAGCGUGCCUACAAGUUCAUGGACACUGGCGCUGCAUUCGGUGGACAGGACGUGUUCGACGAGGUCGGAGGGGAGCAUGGCACUGCACCGGGGACAGCUCCUCCUUCGCGACCCUUGUCGCCAGCGAAUGCGCUGGAACAUGGUCGACUGAGGAACCCUGGCUUGCCCGCUUCGUCGGCUGGUCCGGCACCACCGUAUCCCGUUCAACGUCGACCUGCUGGCUUAGGCGAGUCGUAUGAGCUGACUGAUCAGCCUCCUCGUCGUAUCUGA